AUGCCAUUUAGGCCCAGCUGCAUCAUCUGCUGCUCCGACUGCGACACAGAUGGCCUCUUCACGAGCUGCCAGCACUUCCUCUGCGCCCGCUGCACCGCCCGCUACCCCCCAGGGCAGUGCCCCCGGUGCCGCAAGCCGUGCAAAGCCGUCAAGGCGGGCGCGGCGCUGCCGAAGGAGGUGCACGAACGCGUGGCACAAGAUCCACAGCGGGUCCUGGCCAUCGCCGCGCAGGCGCUCGAGUUUCAGCGGCGGCAGGAGCAACAGACGCUGCAGCGCCUGCGCGAAAUUGUGACGACGCUGAAUCAAAGCAACCGGAGCAUGGCCUCCCAGCUCGGCGCAGCGAAGUCAGAGCGCGAAGGUCUCCUCAGCCAAAUAAAGCGGCUGCAGGGUCAACUCUACGCCCAGCAGCAGCAACAACAACAACAGAUGGCGCAGCGGCCAGUGGAAUCACAGAUGGCUGCGGAUAACGGCGGUGUGGCCUACGGGGUUGGCGCACUGGGGAUGUCGGCGCGUGCGCCGCCUGGUUUCCUGCAGACGGGCGUGGCGCCGAGUCCAACCAACGCGGCGGUGCGCGGCUGGCUGUCGUCCCCUGCGGCUGCCCCUCGUGCAAUGACGCCGUUGGGCUGGAGCCAAUCGAAGCGCCAGCGAGAUGACGUCGCCCACACACCCGGAAGCAAUAGUCAUAAUAACAACAACGACGAUGUCACCGGGGCGGGUUGCGGGGAGUUGGCGCGCUUUCGCCUGGCAACGCCUGCGAUCACGCUGCGCAACGCACUCCCCGGCAUGCGUGAUGCCACGCCGGCGCAUCAAAUGGACCGCGCCGCCGCCAUGGCGGCGCCCAAGCAACUGAAGAGCCUUUUGUGCCGCGGGCCAUAA